AUGAAUGACUUUCUUCGAAUGUGUGAAAGUCAUUCCCGGGUAACUCGUUUAGUGUCGUUGCUCGGUGUCUUAUCGAUGUAUCAUGCUAAGCAUUUAGACCAGAAAUUUACAAUAAUCUCGAGACAUCUGCGGGCAUCGUGUUUGUUGUCUGUGUUGGUUUCUUCUUCCCUUGCAAAUCCUGCCACUAUGACAAGGAUAAAGGCCAGCAGUCGAGCAGGCAUGGCCGCAUUAUCAUGGUUAAUGGGGAGAAGAAAGCAGAUCAUCCCGCCGCCUGUCCCAAAAGCUGGUACAGUUGGAGGCACUGAACAACUCUCCGUUUCUGUCUGUCUCUGGUCUGACGGACCUUUCAAGGGGUUUCAUGUUUUCUUUUACGAAAAGAGUCAUUUGGAAUAUAAAGAGCAACGGGGAACAAGCGAUGAGCGAUGGCGGCCAACUAGCGCUCAAAAACUGGCAGCGUUAUUGUUACAGCCUCCUUUUCCCACCACCAACCACAGAGAGGACACGCAGCAGCUGGCAGCAGGCAGCUCCAGCCUCCAGUAUCAUAGGCGAGAGACGGCGAACGGGGGAGGUCUUAGGUUUGCUGUCUUACCUCAAGGGUCUGCCUUUUUCUCUCGUCCCUCGUCACAUUCGUACGUAUAUACGUACCCAAGCGAAAGAGGCAAAUAUGAGGGCCGUGGGGGGAAGCGGGCUGUUGAGUUAUAG